AUGCAGACCAAAUUGUCAUUGCUUGAGAUGAGACAAGUAACAGCUUUCGUGGCAAAUGGCUCAAGCUUGGAGUGUGGUUGGUCUCUCGCUAAAGGAACUAUAGAGUUAUUGGCCGAAAUUCACGUAAUGUUGGUGAAAAAUCUUCAGAUGGAAUCGAAAAUGUUCAAAUCAAAAGAAGAGUACCGAGCUUAUGUUGAAAAAUAUGAGACAGUACGAGUAGAUUUUGAAGAAAAAAUGGAACGGGCAUGCAAGAUGUUUCAGUCGCAUGACAGGUCUCAUUUUGCUGCCCUGCAGCAAUUCUUGCUGCUUUACGCAACACAUCAUCAAGAAGCGACUAUUGCC